CCGGCCCCGUGGGCGUGUGAGCUGUCGGUGGAAGAUGAUGGCGGUUGGUUCUCUGGAUGAGGAGAUAAUGCCGCCAGACUUCAUAGAUCACAGCAAGAGGAUGUGCGCCACUUAUUUCUCGUUUGUUCCUCAUCCCCACAAAAAUGGUCCAGACUCUGUACUUCACUUUAAAAUUUUGGUUCCUGGUGCUGCUGCUGGAGCCAUUAUCGGGAAGGGGGGUGAAACGAUUGCACAGCUGCAAAAAGGAGGCUGGAGCAAGAGUGAAGAUGUCUAAGGCCAAUGAUUUCUAUCCAGGUACCACGGAGCGCGUGUGCCUGAUCACGGGCUCGCUGGAGGCCGUGAUGCAGGUGUUGCUGUUCGUCCAGGAGAAGAUCCGGGAAAAGCCGGACCCAAACGGCAAACCAGCCAUCGACUUCGACAACAAAAUGAUGGCCGAACGGGAUAAACAGGUGAAGAUCCUGGUGCCGAACAGCACCGCCGGCAUGGUGAUCGGCAAGGGAGGCAACUACAUCAAGCAGAUCAAGGAGGAGAGCGGUGCCUACGUGCAGAUAUCGCAGAAGGCCAAGGAUCAAACGCUGGCAGAACGCUGCAUCACAGUCAUUGGUGAGCGCGACAACAACAACAAGGCGUGCCUGAUGAUCCUGCAGAAGGUGAGCGAGGACCCUCAGUCGGGCAGCUGUCUCAACGUCAGCUACGCCGAUGUCAGCGGACCCGUGGCCAACUUCAACCCGACCGGCUCGCCAUUCGCAGCCAACAGCGUCGGCUCGCCGGGCGGUGCGACCAACGGCAACGGCGACUACGACGGCUUUGUGACGAACCCGACGGUGCUGGCGAACGGGCUGCACCUGGAGCUGCAUCCGCACCCGCACAGCGCCGGCACCGGACACCGGCUGAGCCCACACACUCUGGACCACAUCCACAACACGCUCAGGAACGGCGGCUACCCGGAGCAGGCGGCGAACGAGGUGACUGCGGCGAUUGACACGCUGGCCACGUACGGCAUCCUGGGCGUGGGCGUGCCGUGCGCGCCGCCCGUCUCCCCCGGCCAGACGUCUCUGCCCGUGUCCGGCAGCUUCCCGCCGCAGGCGGCCAGCACACUGAUGACUCUCAGCGUGUCCACCAGUGAGAGCCUGAGCGGCAGCAGCGGCAGCGGCGGCGGCGGCGGCGGCGGCGCUCUGUUCCGGCCGCUGUCGCCGAUGUCGUCGCUGCAGUCGACCAGCUCGCCACCGCACUCGGCCGACCCGUUCACUUCGCUGGCCGACACCAGCUUCGAGUCGUUCAGGAGCGGGCCGCCGCUGCAGCUGCCCGUCAACAACAACUCGUACGGCCUGGGCACGCCGUCGGGCCUGGCCAGCCUCUCCAAGAGCCCGCCGCCGCUGCUGCCGGCCACGGUCGUGGUGCGGCACGGCCAGACCGCCGACGGCCAGCACAAGGUCGACAUGGAGGUGGGCGAGUACAUCAUCGGCGCCAUCUUGGGACCGGGUGGCCGGAACCUGGUGGAGAUCCAGCACCUGAGCGGCGCCACCAUCCAGAUCUCCAAGAAGGGCAUGUUCCGGCCCGGCACGCGCAACCGGAUCGUGUCACUGGUGGGCUCGGCGCAGGCCAUCAGCACGGCCCAGUACCUGGUAGAGCAGAAGAUCAGCGAGGAGGAGGCCAAGCGCGCCCGCCAGACGACCGUGGUCGGUGCCAUCCACUAACGCUCUCAGUGUCUCCCUCACGUUCAUGUACUCCCGCCGGCCCAGUCCCGACCGCAUGCGGACCGCUCCAGCCUCGCGCCUCAUCUGUAUAGCAAUUAUGAAGUGAUCGAAAUACGAUUAUGUUUAUAUUAUUGUAGAGCGGAGUUGUUUUAUUAUUUUCGGGCGUCGCCGUAGCGCGGCGACGGCCCAGCUGUUGGUGUCGGCGUUCUGUCCUGUAGACUGGGAGUGGGGCGUGGUGUCAUUGCGGACGAGCCCCGUGCCGACCGAUGGGGGCCGCCGGGCGGGGGCGACGCUCAAUGCGCCGAGCCGGGCUCCCCGGGCGGUGUGGAAGGCGGCCCGGCGGCCCGG